GGCUUACGAAGAAAUUAAUGAUGUUGGGAAGAACUUUGCAAACAAAGUGGGUAAUCAUGAUGUGCCAUUACUCAAUUGGAAGGCCGAACGAAAAUUUCAUUACUCUAAGCUUAGACGAGUAGUAUUUCCAGAGGAGGAGGAAAAGCUUUCUGAUUCAGAGGGGGGAGAGGAAGAAGAGAACCAAGAAGAAGAAAUGACUGAGGAAGACCUGCGCUUGUUCGAAAAGGUUAAAAUAUUGGAGGAGCUGCAGGACCUACGGAAGUAUGUUCAAAGGGUUGAAAACAAAAUCACUUAUGUUGAAAAAAGUCUUUCAGAAAUAAAGGUACUACUUCUGAAGUUGGUUGGCAAACCGAACCCAUCGGUUGAGGAAGAGGU